AUGUUUAAUAUUCAAAAUUCUCCUAGUCCUAGUGAGACAGGUCAAAUCUAAAAUUUUUAAUUGUAAGCACCUUGUGUCACACAUCAAGGCCAAAAUGUCACAAAUUUUUGUAAACAGCCUGGUUGUUUAAUGCCUCUCUGUCCAAAGUGUAUUCCUUAACAUUAGGAUUAUCAUAGAUAAUAAGGAUAAUUUGGAGAUUUUGUUACAGUAGAUGAAAUGCAUGAAGAAACAUUACAAUUGAUAAACACAUAAUUAACUAAUUUGAAUUAUGCUAUAUAGUUACUUUAAUAAUUCAAAGAAUCAAAAACAGAUGCUCAUGGUCAAUUACAUACAAAGCUUAGCAAUGCAAAAUUACGUGUUUAAUAAUUAGUGGAUUAAUUUUUUGAAGAAUUGUUCAAUGAAUUGGAUUAAGUUACAAAGAUAGAUAGCACAAAUUUAGAUGUUGAAUUAUAAUAAAUGGAAAGAUCGUUAAAUUUAAAAAUUCAAGAAUUUUAACAUAUUGAUUAAAAACUUAAGACUCCAUCUUAUAUAAAAUAAAUAAUCCAAUUAUAAACAACUAAUUUCCUUUAAUAAGCUCAUUAGUAGAGAGUUGAAUGUGAAGCAUUUAUUGAAGAAGUUUCUAAGCAUACAUUAGACAUUUAAAUAGAUGAAUAAGAAUUAUAUUUUUUGAAGAUUCAAUUAGGAUAGUAUGCAACAAUAAAAAAUGCAGAAUAUUAUAAAAUUUAAUAAGCAUAGUCUUCUGCAUCUAUACCUAAAAAUAUAUAAUACAAUCAUCCAUAUUUAACAAAUGAAAUCUAACCAGUAAAAGUAGAGUAAUCACCAUAUAAAAGAUUAGAACAAUAAUGUAAAUUAUUUAAUAUUGAGUAAUUUAGUUUAGUAAGUUGGAAUAUCCAAUUUUACAAUAAAUUUACCAGAUUUCUUUGAUUAACUUUGCAGUUAAAAAUAUUUACAUUAUUUUACUGAUAAAUCAAUAUUUUUUUUAAAUUUGGAAUGGGUCUAGAAUCCAAGAUGGUAAGAAAUGAGAUUGAAUUGUUAAGUUCCAUUAAAAAGUUCUACUGUACGUUCUUAAUAAGGGAAUAUCUUUAUUAUAGGAGGAUAUAUUGGGAAUUAAUUGAGUUCAUAAAUAUUUAGAUUAGAUUUUAAAUAAUAGUCUCUAAUAACAACUGAUUAAUUAUAAUAGCCUCGACAUUCUUCGGCUGGAAUAUUUCUUUAAAAUAAAUUAUAUGUUCUUGGGGGAUAAAAUUAGAGUCAAGAUUUAAGUACAAUAGAAAGUUUAGAUUUGGUAUUAAAUAAAUAAAGAACUGAAAUUGAAACUAGAAUAAAUUUACCAAAAAUGAAUUAAGGAGGUGCUAAUUUAUCUGUUUGUACUUUUAGAUAAUAUUUGAUUAAAACCCCUCCAUUAGAAUUAUUUGAUACUAAAUUAUUGAAAUGGACAUAAUUAAAUAUUAAUAUAAAUAGAGGAGUUGGAAUGAUAGCCAUAAAUAAUUCAAAUAUAUUAAUAUUUGGAAAUGGAUAUUAUUAACUUUUAAAGAUGGUGGAUCAACAAAAUUUAUCUUUUAUAACUGAGAAUUUACAAAAUCCUCCUUAAAUUGGAUAGAUACAAAAUGGAAGUUUGAUUCAUUUAGGCAAAAUAUAUGCUAUAACUAGUAGCUGUAAUUUCAUAAUUGGAACACCUUAAGGAUGGACAUUAUGA